AUGGAUCAUUCCAACAACACAUCUAAACACAAAGAAAAUGAACAAACUAGAAAAACCAUUGAGCAAGUACUUGAGAAAAUACAAACACAAGACGAAGUGUUCACUUUUGGCUUUACUUUUAUGGCCAAGAUUUUAUUCAAACAUGCAAUGACGACCGAUCUCGAUGCUGCUAUGGGACACAAAACGGAGAAAAUCAUAGGAUCAUAUAGUGUUUGGUGUGCUUCUCCGAGAGUUGAAUUGAGUUGA